AUGGGAAACCUAGGAGCUGCGUGCUUGACGUGCCGUCAGAAAUCCCGUCGAUGCGAUCGAGCGCGACCGGCCUGUAAGCGCUGCAUCGGCAAGGGGCUUGAAUGCUUGGGCUAUCCGGACAAGUUUCGCUUCUGUGGAGUUGCCAGUCGAGGAAAGUGGAAGAACAGGGUUCAGCCGGUUGACCCAGACGAACCACCAGCUACUUUAGAGACCAGUAUCCCUGCCUCAAGCGAAUCGCGUCCGCCGGAAGCCACUUCUUCAGCUCCGCGUCCGCCGGAUGGAAAUGAAGCCAUUCUCGCGUCAAAAGAGGCAAAGCGGCUGCUUUCUCAUUAUGAUAAAAUAAUCUGCCCCCACCAGAUUGCGCAAUUUGUCGAUGAUGGCGAAAAUCCAUACAGGCUUUACGUUCUCCCAUUGGCGCGCAAGCAAAAAGGACUCUUAUGCGCCGUUCUGGCGCUAUCUGCUUGUCAUUUGGGCCAUUUGAUCUCCGACUCAAGCUUGCGUGAAUCCGUCUCCCUCAGCUAUCGGGCCAAGGCUAUUGCUGAACUCGGGGUAUCAAUUGGCAGAGUUGGGACGGAAGCAUUUACAGAGAAUGACCGCGAUGCAGUCUUUGCGACCAUCCAGAUUCUACUUCUUCAUGAUAUUUGCGAGUCGGGUAUUUCGUCACACGGUGCUCAUAUUUCGGGCGCCAUGUCCAUUUGCUCUCAGCUGAUGUUAGAUCAACGGCUGACUGUUUCGGAUGAACGGACAGUAUUCUUUCUUGGAAAUCUUGUAUGGUUGGAUAUUGUUCGAGCUUUUUCAGCUCCUCAGAGACUAUGCUUCCCACAACAGCUUCGCCAUAAAAUCCUUUCUCUAUGUGACCUGCGAUUUGAAGCGGUGAAUGGCUGUCCGCGAGCUUUAGUUCUUAUUAUUGGAAACGUCCUGAACAGUGCGAAGAAGCAUUUGGCCGGAGACUCCCCCGCAGAAGAAUACGCCUACAACCUGAAGUCACUCCUUGACAAGCUUUAUCAGUGGGAUGGUUCAAGAUCCGUUUAUCCUGAUACUAAUCCCCUCUGGCUAUCGAACCCCCCCGAUGAGCCUCAUAUCCAAGCAUCUGUAUGCGCCAUCCUAGACGCUGUUGCAAAUGUUCCCGGAUCCAGUCCCCUGGUUGAACUCCUGGUCCUUCCUCUGUUUAUGUCGGGAGCGGACUGCCUCUCCCGCCAUUCUCAGCAUUACAUCCAACUCCGCUUCUCCGAUAUCAAAGUCAGAUCUGAAAUGGUUGGAGGCAUCACGGCCCCGCAAGUUCUUCUUGACAAGGUAUGGGAGGCGCGGGAACAACAAGCAGAUCACGAACGAGAGAACAUCCCUUGGAUGCAGUUUACACAGCGAGCAGACUCGGCUCAUCACGAUGACUAUCUCAUCAUAUGA